ACGUCACCGGAAGCGAGGCCUGGGAUAGGCUGUGGCGAGGGGCAGCCUCUCCCCCUCGGCAGCCUGGACGCCUACGCUGGUUCUCCAGCUGUUCGUAGGUCCUGGGCGAGGGUCGGCGAAGACCCAGCGGGCGGUGGCCGCUACUGCAAGCUCGCGGGCCGGGCCCCCCGCUGCUUCGAGUCGGGAGGAAGGCCUGGCUGGCGCUUCCGGGCGCUGAUGACUGACAGGCUGCGUCGCCUCAGCCCGCGCUGCCCGCCACGUCCCCGCUCUCUGCCGGUGGCCCUGCGCUGUGGCUGACCGACCUCUAGGCGCCGCGCCAGAUGUCAGCUCCCGGCUCCCGGAGCCUCGGACCUCCGUGGUCCGUGCAGCUGUGGCCGCUACUGCUGUUGCUGCUGGCGGCCGCGGCGCCGGCGCGCGCCUGGGAGAGCGCAGACCUGGAGCUGUUCGACUUGGUGGAGGAGGUGCAGCUGAACUUCUACGCGUUCCUCGGGGUGCCCCAGGAUGCUUCAUCUGCAGACAUCAGAAAAGCGUAUCGUAAGCUUUCACUAACUUUACAUCCAGACAAGAACAAAGAUGCAAAUGCAGAAACUCAGUUCAGACAAUUGGUGGCCAUUUAUGAAGUUUUAAAGGAUGAUGAAAGAAGGCAGAGGUAUGAUGAUAUUCUGAUCAAUGGACUUCCAGAUUGGCGACAGCCCGUAUUCUACUACAGACGGGUGAGAAAAAUGAGCAAUGCCGAGCUGGCAUUACUGUUGUUCAUUAUUCUCACAGUGGGUCACUAUGCUGUGGUGUGGUCAAUCUACCUGGAAAAACAGCUGGAUGAACUGCUUGGUAGAAAAAAGAGAGAAAAGAAGAAAAAGACAGGCAGCAAGAGUGUGGAUGUAUCAAAACUUGGUGCUUCUGAAAAAAAUGAAAGAUUGCUGAUAAAACCACAGUGGCAUGAUUUGCUUCCAUGCAAACUGGGAAUUUGGUUUUGCCUUACACUAAAAGCAUUGCCUCAUCUAAUCCAGGAUGCUGGGCAGUUUUAUGCAAAAUACAGAGAGACACGGUUGAAGGAAAAGGAAGAUGCACAGGCUAGAACAGAAGUUGAAAUACUUCAAAAACAAAAGAAAGUUAAAAAACCAAAACCUGAAUUUCCUGUAUAUACGCCUUUAGAAAAUACAUAUAUCCAGCCUUAUGCUCAUGGAACUUCUAUAGAAGAAAUUGAGGAGCAAAUGGAUGAUUGGCUGGAAAGCAGGAACAGAACACAGAGAAAGCAGGCACCUGAAUGGACAGAAGAGGACCUCAGCCAGCUGACAAGAAGUAUGGUUAAGUUCCCAGGAGGGACCCCAGGUCGAUGGGAAAAGAUUGCCCAUGAAUUGGGUCGAUCUGUGACAGAUGUGACAACCAAAGCCAAGCAACUGAAGGAUUCAGUCACCUGCUCCCCAGGAAUGGUCAAGCUCUUAGAACUCAAGACCACAGUUCAGAAUUCCAGGACCAUCAAGAUGGGCUCUGCCUUGCCAGAUAACAUCAUCACCCAGCGGGAAGACUCAGCAGGAGCCAUGGAGGAUGAGGAGCAGGAGGAGGCUGCUGAAGGUGAGGCAGUGGCCAUAGAAGCCCGGCCUCGGAGGCGGAAGCCAAACAGGCUGUCUGAGGGGGCAGUCAAAGUCGAGCCAGAGGAGAAGCUUAGAGGAAAGAGGCAGAAAGACUUUGAUAUAUCAGAACAACAUGAAUCCAGUGAUGAAGAGAGCCAGAAAAGAGAGAGAACCCGUGCUUCAGAGGAGGUGUGGACUCAGAAUCAACAGAAACUUCUAGAAUUGGCAUUACAACAAUAUCCAAAAGGAGCCUCUGACCGCUGGGACAAAAUAGCCAAAUGUGUCCCAUCUAAGAGUAAGGAAGACUGUAUUGCUAGGUACAAGUUGCUCGUUGAACUGGUCCAAAAGAAGAAACAAGCUAAAAGUUGAAUGUUGUGGAAGAUGAUUUUCACCUUCAUUUUCCAAUGAGUAUUUCAGAAAUCUCAUGCAGAAUCGUGCAUUUUGUACCUCAGUAUUUCUAUGAGUCAUGUGCCUUAGUAAAACAAUAAAUCAUAAAUGUGCUGUGUUUAAACAGCCUGUGUCAA